AUGGGUGUCGAUAUUUUGAGCUUCGCUUAUGCUGCUACUGUUGCCGCUGGCGGCAUUAUGGGUUACGCGAAAGCAGGAUCCAUACCUUCUUUGGGCGCUGGGCUCAUUUUUGGAUCGAUCCUAGGUGUUGGCGCUUACCAGCUGAGCCAGGAUCCCUCAAACUACACUCUGAUGUUGGGCACCACAUCCGCUCUGGGAGGUCUCAUGGGAUACAGGUAUUACAACAGCAGGAAGUUCAUGCCAGCCGGUCUUGUGUUCUGCAUGUCAGUCGGUAUGCUUGCUAAAAUAGUAUUCAAACAUGUCAGCGCUCCAUCUGCUAUAGCCUCGAAAGGCUAA